UUUGAUAAUCACAUGAUUCCAACAACAUGUUGCCAACCAAUCUCAGGAUGCUACUUCAAAUACUAGCUGUUUUCAUUGGAAUUUCGCUAUGUCAGGCAGCAGACAAAGUUGAUUCACGCCCAAACAUCAUUUUCAUAUUGGCUGACGACUAUGGCUUCAACGAUGUUGGUUAUCAUGGGUCAGAAAUCAAAACACCAAAUCUUGAUAAACUGGCCAGUGAGGGUGUAAAGUUAGAAAAUUAUUACGUGCAGCCAAUAUGUACACCCACCAGAUCCCAGCUUCUAUCUGGAAGGUAUCAGAUUCAUACUGGAUUACAACAUGGAAUUAUAUGGCCACUACAACCAAGUGGUUUACCUUUAGACAGUCCAACCAUAGCUGAUAAAAUGAAACAAGCUGGUUACUCUACUCAUGCAGUUGGAAAAUGGCAUCUAGGAUUUUAUAAGAAGGAAUAUUUGCCUACAAGCAGAGGGUUUGACUCAUAUUAUGGCUAUCUCACUGGUUCAGAAGAUUAUUUUAAGCACUCAAGAUGUUAUGGUGGAUUUUGUGGAAUGGAUCUCCGUGACAACACAAAACCUGCAAGUGCUGAUGGGAAAUACUCAACACACUUAUUUAGUGAGAAAGUCAUAGAUAUAGUGAAUAAUCAUAAUACUGAGAAGCCAUUGUUUAUUUACCUUCCAUUCCAAGCCGUACAUUCUCCCUUACAAGUACCAGACGAGUAUGUUACUCCCUAUAGUAACAUUAAGGACAGAAACAGGAGAUCAUAUGCAGGUAUGGUAUCAGCAAUGGAUGAAGCUGUCGGUAAUAUAACUCAGACAUUUAAACAGAAAGGGCUUUGGAACAACACACUACUUGUAUUUUCAACUGACAAUGGUGGACAAAUCCUUUCUGGAGGAAACAAUUGGCCAUUGAGGGGAUGGAAACACUCAUUAUGGGAGGGUGGAAUGAGAGGGGUUGGAUUCGUUCAUGGCAAUAUGCUGAAAAAUAAAGGGACCAGUACAAAAGAAUUGAUGCAUGUAACAGACUGGUACCCAACACUGGUUGGUCUUGCUGGGGGAGAUCUCAAUGGAACAAAACCUCUGGAUGGCUUUGAUCAGUGGAAAACAAUCAGUGAAGGAGUUGAAGGUCCUAGAGAGGUUCUUCUCCAUAAUAUAGACCCACUUUUUAAAACAAUUGGUGAACCAGCAUACAAUGACACAUUUGAUAGUCGAGUAAGAGCUGCCAUAAGAUACAAAGAUUGGAAGUUAAUAACAGGAAAUCCAGGAAAUGGUAGUUGGAUACCUGAACCAUCCUCACAUCUGUCAGUAAUAAACCAGUAUGAAAGUGAAAAGAAAAAUAUCUGGCUGUUUGAUAUUGCUGAAGACCCAACUGAACAUACUGAUUUAUCCAAUAAAUACCCAGAAAUUGUAAAGACAAUGUUAGACAUGUUACAAGGGUUUAACCAUAGUUCUGUCCCAUGCUAUUAUCCUAAGGAAGAUAAGAGAGGCAAUCCUGAACUUCUUGGUGGCUACUGGGGUCCAUGGAUGUAAUAUCAUAGCCUUGAUAUUGUGUGUUAAAAGUACCAGGACUUGUGCAAUAUGUUGCAUUUACUCAAAAACAAAGUUUAUAUUGACUAAUAAAGUUUGCAGUUCUAAUUGACUGUAAUGGUGUUUGCUAUUCUAAAUUACUUAACCUUACAUUUUGUAGAAUACUUUAUGUGUGUGCUCAUUGUAUGACAGAGGAAUGAAAAUCUUGUAGUUAUUUAAUAGACUGUUUACGUCAAUGAGGUGAUGGUAUUAUUUUUGAAAUUUUUGGAAUUAUUUCCUUUAAAUGAAUCUCACUUGUAUUGUUUUUAAAAAACAUUCCACAUAUAUAACUAUGCAUUUUGUAGACGGAGCUUUAUAUAAUAUGUUUUCAAUU